AUGGUAGAUGUAGUCUCAUCAUCGCAUAUACCAUCAGAAUCACAGUGCCAUUCAGAAGCAGUCUUCCAUCCUGGAGUAGUGGUAAUAACAAUUUCUGAGCAAAUACCAUUUUCAUCACAAAUGGUCGUCGUGAAGAUAACUACUGCACUGGUAGUGUCAAUGGUUGAAAAUAUCAGUGAUGUGGUAGUUGCACUUGCUGAAGUGAAGUCCGAAAUAGUAGUGGAUUCGUCUUCAAAUGAUUCACUUGAAACUGGGAAAGUAGUAUUGGAUGAAGUUUCGGUUUCGGUUUCGAUUUCAGAAGUAGCGGAAGUGGUUGAUUCAUUGGAUGUGACAGCCGACGUUAUAUAUUCGCUGGACUCUAAGGUACUAAUUGUAUCUGUCACUUCGCUUGAUUCAGAAGACACCUGA